UGUCCGACCUCAUCCUCGUGUUUCGUCAAUAUGGCGGAGAUGGAGAUCGAAUCUGGUGGAGGUGGCGAGAAACAAAGUAUCAUUGCUGCGGGCAUUAAAUGUGAAUGUACCCAGUCGAUUUUAACGAGAGCAGAUGGUUCGGCGUCAUUUAAGCAAGGUGCAUCAGAAGCUCUUGCAGCUGUUUACGGUCCAGUAGAGGUGAAAAUGAACAAAGAAAUUAUAGAUAAAGCUACAGUAGAAUGUAACUAUAGAGUUAAAUCUGGAUUACCGGGUAAUGCUGAAAAGGUUGUGGAAAGACUAAUAAGAAAUAGCUGUGAUUCAGUAAUUCUAAGUUCUUAUAGCCCAAGAUCAGCAAUUUCAAUUAUUGUUCAAGUUGUUAAUGAUGGAGGACUGCUGUUAUCAUGCGCUCUCAAUGCAGCCUUUAUGGCUCUAGUUAAUGCAGAUAUUCCAUUGAAGUGCAUGGCAGCUGCUGUGACUUGCUUUAUCUCAAAAAAUGGCAAGAUCUAUUUCAAUAAUUCACAAGAUGACGAUCAGGUACCAGUCGCUACAUUUACGUUUGUUUUCGAAAGUAUAAACUAUGACAUCAUCAGCACACUAUCAAAGGGUACAUUUUCUACAGAGCAGUACUUUGGUUGUUUGGCUGCAAGUAAAGAAGCAGUAAAAUCUAUUUUCUCGUUCCAAAGGAAAGCACUCGAGCGGGGAAUGUCAUUAGAAAAGAAAACAUAGCCGCCUCAUCAUUCUUUUUUGAACCAAUUUCCAGACUACAUUGAAAGACGCCGCUCUUCCGUUGCACGACAAAAGUAAACAGUUUGCCAGAUGCCGAAAAAGCUAUAAACGAUGCCGUGCGUUGUGUAAUGACUCACUAGCCCAGAGUCAAAUUUACCCAUAAAUUCCUUCACACUGUUGGUGAAUUGCUAAGUGCUGAGAUAAAGACAAGGUUUAUUAACGUGUAAAGCAGUGUAACAGUGAAAUUGUAGACACCGUGAAAAACAAACAAGUUCCGAAUAUGGAACUGAGAAGAAGAUGCAACAAAAAUUGGUGAAAUUCUUAACUGCUCACUACAGUUAAAAAUAAUCAAGAUGAUGUUUUCAAGUUCAUCGGUGCUGGCCUUAUAUGACUAAAUUUUAAGCAAAAAUUUGUUGAAAUAAUUCUACAGUGCUUUUGUAUGUGAAUGGAAGCAAUUAAGAACUGUAGCAAAUUAUUGUAGUAUUGUAGCAAAGCCAUAGGCCUAGGGCAUCUCUGCCUAGGGCUAGUUUUAUUUGAUUUUGCAAACACGAAUUUUUGUUAAAAAAAAAUGUUCGGAAUAAGUA